UCAUCAUCGCCCCAUGAAACAAACUAACUCACCACUUUAACCCUAACAUUUUUCUUUUUUUCCUGUUAUUCUUUCUUUUAAUUUAACCCUAGUUAUUUUGCUUUUGCCAAUUUCUUUUUUAAUUUGUUUGUUUCUCUGUAACCCCACUCUCCGUCUCACUGUUUUGUCUCGUAGAUAAAGCGAAAGAAAAAAAAAAGAAAAAAAGAAAAGAAAGACCCCUCUUUUUAUUUCCUUGUCCGUGUUUAACAGCAGCGACAACUCUCUAUAUUUACUCUAUAAAAUCCAUUCCCUAAAUAACGGCAUAUUCUCUCUCUCCUUGUGAAAAUCCCACAAAAACAAGCAUUGAUUUUGUUCUUGGUUUUGGUUUCUGAGUUUUCAUUCUCAUUAAGCAAAUAAAGCUUAUUUUGAAGCCACAGAAAGAGAAAAUUCUGAAGGCUUUUGGUUUUUAAAAUUGUAAGAUUUGGGUUUUGUUGUUGGGUGCAUUUUGUAUCUGGGUUUUGAAAAUUUGAAGAUAUGGUGGUGAAAAUGAUGAGGUGGCGGCCAUGGCCAAUUCUCGGUCCUAGAAAGUACGAGGUAAGGUUAGUGGUGAGAAGGAUGGAGGGCUGGGAUCUGGCGAAGGAGAGUAUCAGUAGCGAUGGAGAAGAAAAGAAAGAGAAAUUAACGGUUGAGAUUCGUUGGAAAGGCCCCAAAUUUGCCUUGAGUUCGUUGAGGAGAAGAACAACAGUAAAGAGGAAUUUCACAAAACAAGUUGAAGUUUCUGUUGGGGGCGAGGAUGAUAACCCAAACGGUGUCGUUGAAUGGGAUGAAGAAUUUCAAAGUCUUUGUACUUUAUCUCCUCAGAAAGAGAAUGUGUUUCAUCCUUGGGAGAUUGCUUUUACUGUCUUCAACGGUGUGAACCAAGGGCCAAAGAACAAGGUCCCUGCUGUUGGCACUGCAUUGCUGAACCUUGCUGAAUUUGCUUCUACUGCAGAACAGAAAGAGUUGGAAUUAAGUCUCCCUCUCUUGCUCCCUGCUGGUGGUGCUGCUGAGCCGUGUGCCUUUCUCUGUAUAUCUCUUAGUUUGUUGGAAUUGAGAACAACUCCAGAAGAGCCAGUACAGAGAGCAAUAGUUCCCGUUUCAUCACCAACUCAAUCAGGAGAAACUGUCUCGACUGAAAAGGAUGAGCUUUCUGCAAUUAAAGCUGGUCUAAGAAAGGUAAAAAUUUUCACAGAGUACGUAUCCACUAGGAGGGCAAAAAAGGCUUGUCGUGAGGAAGAGGGAAGUGAAGGCAGGUGCUCUGCCCGGAGCGAAGAUGACGAGUAUAACUAUCCAUUUGACUCAGACUCACUUGAUGAUUUUGAGGAAGGAGAAUCAGAUGAGAUCAAGGAGGACUCUAGUGUUAGGAAGUCAUUCAGUUAUGGCACGUUAGCUUAUGCAAAUUGUGCUGGAGGAUCAUACUCUGAUAUCAGGAAAAAUGAUGAAGAUGAGGAUUGGGUUUACUACAGCAAUCGCAAGUCAGAUGUGGGUUGUUCACACAUUGAUGAUUUAAAUUCAAAUGCUGAGCCAUCUAUAAUGCAAAAUUCAAAGCGCAGCAUUUUGCCUUGGAGGAAGAGGAAGUUGAGCUUUAGGUCUCCAAAGGCCAAAGGAGAGCCGCUGUUAAAAAAGGCAUAUGGAGAAGAAGGGGGGGAUGAUAUUGAUUUUGAUCGCCGGCAGCUUAGUUCUGAUGAUGCUGGUGCUCUUAGGAGUCACAAAGCAGAUGAGGAUUCAUGUGCACAUCGAUCAUCUGCUUCUGAUUUUGGAGAUGACAAUUUUGCUGUUGGAAGUUGGGAACAGAAAGAAAUAAUAAGCCGUGAUGGACACAUGAAGCUUGAAACGGAAGUAUUCUUCGCUUCAAUUGAUCAGCGAAGUGAGCGGGCAGCAGGUGAGAGUGCGUGCACUGCUCUUGUUGCUGUCAUUGCUGAUUGGUUCCAGAAUAAUCAUGAUAUCAUGCCGAUCAAGUCACAAUUUGAUAGUCUAAUCAGAGAAGGUUCAUUGGAAUGGAGGAACCUCUGUGAGAAUGAGACCUAUAGGGAGCAAUUCCCAGACAAGCACUUUGACCUGGAAACAGUCCUCCAAGCCAAAAUACGUUCUCUUUCUGUUGUUCCUGGCAAGUCCUUUAUUGGGUUUUUCCAUCCUGAUGGAAUGGAUGAGGGAAGAUUUGACUUUUUGCAUGGUGCAAUGUCCUUUGAUAACAUUUGGGAUGAGAUAAGUGGCAUUGGAUCUGAACGUCCUAGCAAUGAAGAACCUCAGAUCUAUAUUGUCAGUUGGAAUGAUCAUUUUUUCAUCCUGAAGGUUGAAUCGGAAGCUUACUACAUAAUUGACACGUUAGGGGAAAGGCUUUAUGAGGGAUGCAAUCAGGCAUACAUCUUGAAAUUUGACAGCAAUACAAUCAUUCGAAAAUUGCCGAAUGUUGCUCGAUUAUCUGAUGAGAAAACAACGAAUGAUCAGCAGAUUGUGGCAGUUGCUGUGGAACCCAAGAAGCUGGAGGUAAACCUGAAGGAGGAGGCUUCUGUAUCGGGGCCAGCAGUAAUAAAGCCUGAGGAACCAAUGAAGGGUGAGGAUGAAGGGGAGGAAGUUUGCAGAGGAAAGGACUCUUGCAAGGAGUAUAUAAAGAGCUUCUUGGCUGCAAUUCCAAUUCGGGAACUGCAGGCAGAUAUUAAAAAAGGGUUAAUGGCAUCGACACCUCUUCAUCAGCGUCUGCAGAUUGAGUUCCAUUACACCCAGCUGUUGCAAGCAUUGCCUGAAACUCGAGCAGCAGAGACGACAAUAGCACAACCCAACUCGGUUGAUGUUACAAUAACAGAGGUUGGCCCUUAGGGAGUUGCUGCAAAUUUUAGGAAGUGUGACUAGCCUAACUUAUUUUAAUUUGUUAAUGGAUUUCUUAUGAUGUCAAUGGGGGAUUAACAACGAGGAACCUGUUACAACUUUUCGAGGAGUUUGAAAGAGAAAGGGGGUUGUGUUUAUUCUGAACUGGUGUUGAGUUGGAACCUGUGUUUAUUGUUUCUAAUGUUGGCACUUGCCACCUUGUCUAUCUCUGUUUGUCAAUUUAGUGACUAAUUGUGACAUCUACAAAGUCUUUGGUUCAGUGGAAAAAGUGCUGCUGUGAGCAGCAUUGUAAUUUCUCUUUCAGCCCUUUGAUUUUUCUCACUGUAUAUGUAACUUCUGUCAUCUCUCAGAAAAUCUUAGAAAAGUAUAAAAAGAAAAAAGAUCUACAUAUCUUCUUUUACCA